CGAGAGCCGCGCGGACGCGACUUCCGGCGUUGGCACCGCCCCCUCCCCACAGCCGCGACCGGCGGCGGCUCCGGGACCUCGAAAAACCAAAAAAAAAAACCCCCGAGCCUUCAAAAUCCCCCCCAAAAACCGCAGCCGGGGCCUCCUCGGUGAGCGGGAAUCCCCCCCGCGCCUCUCCCGGCCCGCGGAGGGGACGGCGGCGGGAGCGGGAGGGUCAAUGAGUCGGGGGGAUGGAGCCCGAGCCGGGGGGUGACGCCCCCAGGACCCCCAGUGUCCCCUGGCGCAGCUACAAACUGGUGCUGGACCCUGCCCUGCGCCGGGGCGGGCAGAAGCUCUACAGAUACGAUGGCGUCCACUUCAGUGUCCCCGACUCGGGAUUCCCCCCAGCCGGGCCCGUGCAGGACCCGCGUCCCCGAAGGAUCUGGGCCAAGCACCGGGACCUGUCCCUGCCCGUCCCCAAGUUCAAGCUGGACGAGUUCUACGUGGGGCAGAUCCCCCUGAAGGAGGUGACGUUCGCUCGCCUCAACGACAACAUCCGCGAGGGUUUCCUGCGGGAAAUGUGCCGCAAGUUCGGCGAGGUGGAGGAGGUGGAGGUGCUGCUGCACCCCAAAACCCGCAAACACCUGGGGCUGGCCCGCGUCACCUUCGGGACGUCCCGCGGCGCCAGGGACACCGUCAGGCACCUGCACAACGCCACCGUCAUGGGCACCGCCAUCCACGCCCAGCUCGACGUCAGGGGGCAGCAGAGGAUGAAGCUGUAUGAGCUGAUUGUGAACGGCUCCUACACGCCGCAGACAGUCCCCACGGGAGGAGGCAAAGCCUCGGGGGACCGGGGGGACACGCCGCCCCCCCCGGCUGAGCCCCUCCGGCGCCGCUCCUCGUCCGAUGGCGCCUUCGCCCCUCCCCCCCCCGGCAACGGGACCCCCCAGGAUGGGGGAGGGGCGGGGGGGUUCGGCCCCUUUGCCCCUCUUCCCCCACCCGGACCCCCCUUCGGGCCCUUUGCAGAUGGAGCCCCCUCCCCCUAUGGGGGCAGGCUUCCGUACCCCACAGAGCCCUUCCCCUCCCCCCGCCGCCCUGCCGACAGUGGGGGAGGGUCUGGGGGGGGUUUCCCUUCUCGCCGCCAACCCCUCAUGGCCGUCACUCUCCCCCCACCACGCUCUCUCCCCGAUUUUGGGGCGUCCCCUCCAGCCCUUUACGAUCUUUUGGGGCGCUUGGGGGUGGGGGGCACCCGCUGGGGGGGGGUCCCGGCCUCUUUCCAGCUUCAGACGCAGCUCCUGAGCCGCUUGCGGGCCUCGGCCGCAGCAGGGGGCUCCAAGCCCGCCUUUGGGGUGCCCCCCUACGCCCCCCACCCCUCCCACUUCACCCCUGCCCCGCACCAUUUCUCGGCGUUCUCGCCCCAAUUCGUGGAGGAGCGACCCCCUGGCACCGACCCCGCACCCCCUCCCCCGCCACCGCCGCCCCCCCCGGAGCCCCCUGGCACGUCCCCGCCCGGCAUUUCGGGGUCCCCGGGGCUCAGGGCGGGUCCCGUGGAGGGGGUGCUGGCGGCCCUGGUCCAGGAGAUGAAGGCGACGAUGCAGCGUGACCUGAACCGGAAAAUGGUGGAAAACGUGGCUUUUCGGGCCUUCGACGCGUGGUGGGAGAGGAAGGAGGAGCAGGUCAAGCCGUUCCAGUCGGGCCGGGGCCGGGAGGAGGCCCCGGAGCGGGCGAGGCCAAAGGAGCCCCCUCCCGCCCUCCUSUCGCUCGUGGACUGGGCCCGGGGCGGGGGAUCGGGGCUGCGGGGAGCCCUCAGGCUCCCCUCCUUCAAGGUGAAGCGGAAAGAGCCCUCGGAGCUGUGUGAAGGGAGCGAGGAGAAGCGACCCCGGCCCCCCACUCCUCCUGAGGAGGAUGAGGAUGACAAGGAGCCCCCCCGUGCAGAAGCCCCCGGGAAGCGCCGGAAGCUUUUCCGGCUGGACAGCGAAGGCGAGGAGGCGUCCGAGGAAUCGUCCUCAGCCAAGGAGGAGGAGGAGGAGGAGGAGGAGGAGGAGGAGGAAAACGAAGCCGAAGCGGCGGUGCAGAGGAGGAGGAGGAGGAGGGGGAAGGGGGAUCCUCCCUCAUCCCAAUCACGCAGGGACGGGGACAGACGGGCUCCCCCGUGCCGGGGACACGAGAAGGAAGAAGAGCAGGAGAAGGAGGAGGAGGAGGACGAGGAGGAGGACGAGGAGGAGUUGGGGGACGAGGCCGAAGGUGGCAGCGAAGCUUCCUCCAAGUUCUCCCUGUACGAGGGGGCUGGGGGCAGUGCCUCCAGCAGCUCCUCGUCUCCUCCCCCAUCAUCCUCCUCAUCUUCCUCUUCGUCUUCCUCAUCCUCUUCUUCCUCUUCCUCCUCUUCUGAGGACGAGGCCGAGGAGCCCCUGGGACCCCCCCGGUCCCCCUCGCCCAAGCCGGUCCCUCCCCCGCCACCGCGCCUCUCGUCGCCCAUCCCUGACCACGCUUCAUUGGUCAAGAGCUGGGGGGGGGAUGGGGACGAUUUUGGGGGCAUCCCAGGGGGCCCCUCCCGGCGCCCCCCGCCUCGGCGCCCCCCCCGCGCUCCCGCAGAGCACUUGGGGGCCACGUCACUGCUGGAACUGGCCCGUGGGCACCAAAGCUCCCCCCAGAACUGUUCCCAAAGCGGGGGGGACCUGGCCGUGCUGGCGGCCAUCGCYCUCACCCAGGGCGGCAGCGACGCUGAUGACGCCGAUGACUCCGAGGACGCUGCCGCCGACGUCCCCCCGGCUCCCCGGGACGCCCCUGUGCUGCUGGAGCACAACUACGCCAUGCCGGCGCGGGCGGGGCCCCCCAAAACGCUGCCGGCCCCGCCCACCAUCACCGGCCCCGCCCUGUGCUUGGAGGCCACUGCUGCCGAGGUGCUCGAGGCCCCCGAGGAGGUGGUGGCCGAGCUGCCCCCGCCCGGUGUCACCGAGAGGGAUUCGAGGACCCCGCUGGCCCCGCCGCCACGCCGCAAACGGCACCGGCCGCCCCCGCCCUCGUCCUCGAGCGACAGCGAGGCUGACGACGACGAUGAUGACGAUGACAGCAGCAGCGAUGACGGUGAUGGCAGCGGUGGUGCCCGGUGCUGGCUGCGCCCCCGCGGCGUCCCCCCGCCGUCCCCGCCGGCCACCUUCGCGCCACGCAGCGAGUUCGAGCAGAUGACCAUCCUGUACGACAUCUGGAGCGCUGGGCUGGACGCCGAGGACGCGCGCUACCUGCGGCUGACCUACGAGCGGCUGCUGCAGCAGGAUGGGGCUGCGCACUGGCUGAAUGACACCCACUGGGUGCACCACACCGUGACUAGGACGAGCAGCCCUCGGCGCCGGCGCCGGUGGCCGGAGUGCCGGGAGCACCGGACGGGCAGCGCCCGCAGCGAGGGCUACUACCCCAUCAGCCGGCGCGAGAAGGCGCGGUACCUGCGGCCGUGCCCUGCGCCCCGGCCCGACCCCGACGUGCCGGACACCCAGGGUCCCAACCGUGUGCUGUCGGAGCGACGCUCAGAGCAACGGCGGCUGCUCAGCGCCAUCGGCUCGGCCGCGCUGCCGGACAGUGACCUGCUCAAGCUCAACCAGCUCAAGUUCCGGAAGAAGCGGCUGCGCUUCGGCCGCAGCCGGAUCCACGAGUGGGGCCUGUUUGCCAUGGAGCCCAUUGCGGCCGACGAGAUGGUCAUUGAGUACGUGGGGCAGAACAUCCGCCAGGUAGUGGCCGACAUGCGGGAGAAGCGCUAUGCCCAGGAGGGUAUCGGCAGCAGUUACCUGUUCCGCGUGGACCACGACACCAUCAUCGAYGCCACCAAGUGCGGCAACCUGGCGCGCUUCAUCAACCACUGCUGCACGCCCAACUGCUACGCCAAGGUCAUCACAAUCGAGGCGCAGAAGAAGAUUGUCAUCUACUCGAAGCAGGCCAUCGGUGUUAACGAGGAGAUCACCUAUGACUACAAGUUCCCCAUCGAGGACACCAAGAUCCCCUGCCUGUGCCGCACCGAGAGCUGCCGCGGCACCCUCAACUAGGGCAGCGGGGGUGGGCUGGGGCCAUGUCUGUGCCAUGCCAGGAGGGGCGUUGGGGUGCUGUGGUGCAGUUUUGGUCACCAAGGUUGGUGUUGGCCUCUACAAUCGGCGUUUGAUAACCAGGGUUGGCUUUUGGCUGCUGUGGUAGAUGUGAGGGUUCACCACUGACAUGACACCCCAGGGUUAAUGUUUGGUCACCAGGGUUGAUGUGAGGGGCCACUGCUGACAGGAGGACACCUGAAGCUGACCUUUGGCCACUGCAGUCAAUGUUCAGCUGCUGCUGGUGCCCCAAGGAUGUUGUGAGUGCCAGAGGGGCCACCAUGGGUGACCUUUGGCCAUGGCUGUUGAGACUGGGGGCCACCAUCGCUGACAUAAUGACAUUACUGAUGUUUGGUGACCAAUGACUUGAUGUCACAGCUGUCAGUGGUGCAGUCAUCCUCGUGUUGCCUGUGACAUCAUUGCCUGGCCACCAGUGCCAUUGAGCCCCCCAACAGCCAUGACAUCGCUGCCCCUCCUUGUUCCUGGCAGCGCCCGUAAUGACAUCACCAUGACAUCACCAUAACAUCACGGCACCCCUCUUCCCCCCCCUGAAAAAGGCUCUUUUUCUCCCUUUUUUUUGGCUGUUUCUUGUAGAAACUUGGGGGCGUGUCGGGGGGGGCGGGGCCUGGCCCCCCAUUCAGGGGAGGGGGGGAUGUGAGGGGGGUSUGCCCCUCCCCCAGCCCCCUGCCCAGUCUCCCGGGGCCGCCCGUCCCCCCCAGCUCUGUAAAUACCCCCGGGGGGGUGUAAAUAGCUGUACAUGCCCCUCCCCCCUGUACAUAUGUUGAUACGGGGGGGCCCCUGGGCCCCUCCUUUUUAUAAAGUGGCCACUGAGCUUUG